GGUCAGCAGCAUACACACGCAGACAUCAUGGCGGACGUAUUGGACCUUCAUGAGGCGGGAGGCGAGGACUUUCCUAUGGAUGAGGAUGGUGAUGAAAGCAUCCACAAGUUAAAGGAGAAAGCCAAGAAGAGGAAAGGACGAGGUUUUGGUUCAGAGGAAGGAGCCAGGUCCAGAAUCAAAGAGGACUAUGAUACUGUGGAACAGGACGGAGACGAGCCAGGCCCUCAGAGAUCUGUGGAGGGCUGGAUCCUGUUUGUGACAGGUGUACAUGAAGAGGCCACAGAGGAAGACAUCCACGACAAGUUUUCAGAGUUUGGAGAAAUCAAGAACCUGCAUCUCAACCUUGACCGCCGAACAGGCUACCUCAAGGGAUAUGCACUGGUGGAAUAUGAGACAUACAAAGAGGCCCAGGCAGCCAUGGAAGGGCUCAAUGGUCAGGACCUGAUGGGCCAGCCUAUCAGCGUUGACUGGGGAUUUGUCAGAGGGCCCCCCAAGAACAAGAGGAGGACUGGCGGACGGAGACGCAGCAGAAGUCCAGACAGGAGGCGGCGUUGAGUUUGGCUCGCCAUUGGCCACAUGGAUUGUCUGUCACUUUGACAGGCAGUUUAUAAUCCUCUCAUAAGAAGCUAAUUUCAGAGUUUUUGUACAAUGUUUUGAAGUACAGUUGUUAUGGCAUGUAGUUGUGCAAUUUCAAAUAUUGAGAUGAGGAAUUGUUCUUGUGAGAUGAGUAACAAAAUAACAAAUUGACCUAAUGGCAGCAUUUUCAGUUUUUUGUUAAUUGCAUAUGCUGCUAUACAAUGUGACCUAAGGAUAUCCACACAGCUCUGUCACUGAAUUUAGAUUUUUACUUUCAACACCAACUUGUAGGUAGUUUGUGGUUUUUCAUGAUUCCCUCAAAAUGUUUGUUUCCUCAAUGUUAUAUGCAUUGUAUUGUGUGGGAGUGUUUUGUUUUAUAUUACUUCGGGAAAAUUAAACUUUUAAAAGGUGAAUUUGUA